AUGGCGUCCUCUGCGUUUAGCUCGGAUGAGGGGGAAAUCGUCGAGGCAACUCCCCAGCCUCGCUCUGAACAAAACGGUGAUGUUGACCGAACCGGCAGACAUCGAGGCAGAUUCCCGUCGCGCACGCCCGAGGGCGAUGGGCCAUCGAGAGAUUCGAAUGGUGGGCCCCGCCGAAGCCGUUCGCCCCGCGGCUGGAAGCGGUCGCGCGAUGACCACCGCGACCACCGCGACCGACGUGAUGUUCGCCAGUUUCGUGCCCACCUCGAGGGCGGCCCUCGCGAUGACCGCCGCCCGUAUCGCGACUUAGACCGGCCUGCGUCCCGAGGCUCUGACCAACAUUACAACAACAAUAAUAGUAAUAAUAACAACAACCGAUACGGAGGCCGCGAGUCCGGUAACAUACGCCCGAAAGGACGCGACGGUUAUGAUAGAAGCUACGACCGCGACCGCAGGAACGAUGGCUAUCCAGAUAAGCGGCCCCGCACCCGCAGCCGGUCACCCCGUGGUAGGGACGACAGAGGCGGGGGAGUAGGUGGGCGAGAUGGGGCACGCCGUGGCGAUUUACGGCCGGGGCAAGACAAGUACAGUGCCUCUGGUGAGAGACGCCCUCAGGAUGGCUCAACGUCUAGGAAGGAUCACCCGGGGGGUGCUUUUGGUGGUUCAUCGCAGAAUGCUAAAAGUGAUAGAGGUGCCACGGUCGAGCGUGGUAUCAAUGAUCUUGCUAUUUCACAACCCAGUGCACCCCCUGAGCCUGAUAUGGACUGGGAUCCCGAGGAGGCCGUGGACGAAGAAGCUGCUGUUCAAGCCGAGAUUGAGCGCCGCCGGCGGAAGCGAGAGGCGGCCCUCAAACGCGGUAUUGGCGCAGCGACGCCCAUAAUUCAGACCCUGCAGACCGGUGAUAGGCUUGCAUCCACGCCUGGGUCGACUCGUCAGAACACUCCAGGGCCCUCAAAGGGCGACGAGGCAACCCCUAUUUCAAAUGGCCCCUCGUCGCCUGGCCUAUCUCCCAGCAGGAUACCGUCCGCUCUCUCUCCAGGGGUAUUUAAUUUUGCUGACGACCAAGCCCUCAUCAAUGCUCACGGCGAAGCUAAGGCCUUUGACGAAGAUGGCCCGUCAGCGGCCAACUACGAUCCCACAGCCGACAUGAAGGAGGAUGAGCGUCGAGACGAGAUGCGCCACGCCCACGUCGGCCUUCACGGUGAGCCUCGUCCAGGCCAAGAAGAAAUUGUACCUCCGGCACCCGAACCCUCCGAGGAUGCCAGCGCCAAGAAGCAGGAUGAUGACGACGACGAAUUCGACAUGUUCGCCGAGGAUUUCGCUGACAAGUUUGCGGCGCCCGCCCCAGCCAAGACCGACGCAUCUUCCGAUGUGCGUGGGCCUCAAGCGGGCGGCGGCAUCUUGGAUGGCGAUGAUAAGGAGGGUUACUACAAGAUCCGGCCCGGUGAGCUCCUCGACGGACGUUACCAGGUAUCUACAACGUUGGGCCGGGGCAUGUUCUCAGGAGUAGCUCGCGCGGUCGAUGUCACGACCAAGAAGGAGGUGGCCAUCAAGAUCAUGCGGAACAACGACGCGCUUAGGAAAGGAGGUUUCACCGAGAUUGCCAUCCUCGAGAAGCUAAACUCGGCAGACCCAGACGACAAGAAGCACAUUGUCAGAUUCGAGCGGUCUUUUGAGUACAAGGCCCAUCUCUGCAUGGUGUUUGAGAACCUGAGCAUGAACCUGCGCGAGGUGCUCAAGAAGUUCGGCAACAACGUCGGCAUCAACCUGAACGCGACGCGGGCCUAUGCCUACCAGAUCUUCCUCGCUUUGGCCCACAUGCGCAAGUGCAGCAUCAUCCACGCCGAUCUGAAGCCGGACAACAUCCUGGUCAACGAGGCCCGCAACAUGCUCAAGAUUUGCGAUCUCGGUACAGCCAUCGAUCGCUCUGACGCUGCGACUGCGGCUACAGAAGCGAUGCCGUACCUCGUCAGUCGCUUCUACCGUGCGCCUGAGAUUAUCCUAGGCGUGCCCUUCGACUAUGCCGUCGACAUGUGGUCGAUUGGCUGCACGCUAUAUGAGCUGUACACGGGUAAGAUCCUGUUCACGGGCGAGAGUAACAACCAAAUGUUGAAGAACAUCAUGGAGAUCCGGGGCAAGCUGAGCGCGAAGCUAUACCGUCGUGGUGAGCUCUCGCACAACCACUUUGAUGAGCUCGGCAACUUCAUCAGCGUAGAGAGAGACAAGAUGUUGGGCAAGACCAACGUCCGCACCCUCGCCAGCGUCAAGCCGACGCGGGAUCUGCGCACCCGUCUACUGGCUGCCUCGGCGGGUAUGGACGACGCUGAGGGCCGGGAACUCAACCAUUUUGUGGAUUUGUUGGAGCGCUGUUUGGCGCUGAAUCCGGAUAAGCGGAUUGCGCCGGCGGAGGCGUUGAGGCAUCCGUUUUUUACGCAGAAGGGGUGGGGGUAUCGAUAG